UGUUUGCAACAACAACAAACCAAAAAAAAUAGAAACAAACCAGCAACAAAACAACAUAUGCCCGCUGUCCUCAUAAAAAUAGAAAAACAUUUCCGAGUUUGCGAUCCGCGCUUGGGUUUCGGGAGAACCAGAUCCAGAGUGACAGCCCCUCGCGCUGGGCACUAAAAUAAUAAUAAUAAUAGAUGCUAGAUCUCGUGUCCCGGCUUUAAUUGAAAUUUAUUUGUUGUGAUGCGGCCGCCACUGGGGGUUCCAUAGACGUACAGCCAGGGUCCAAGCCUCCUCCAUCUUCCGCCGCCUCCUCCGCCCAAAUCUUAAUUAACCGGAGGCAUUGAGCAUGUUUGCAUUAAUUGGAGACAAUCAAUGUGCCUGAGACCCUCGAAUCGAACGGAACGGAACGGAAGCGAGAUCCCCGAGGAAGCACCAUCCAAACCGGAAUACCACAUUCGGUCCCACUUCCAUGGAGAUGGAGGAGGAACUCAACGAGAAGAAGGUGCUCUGCGAGAAGAUCAUCACGGACAUCAACGCGGUGUUCCUCAAGGAUCAGGAUCUCGCCUCAUUCGAGAUUAUACCCAAGGAAACGAACUGCAACAAGUCGCCGGUGGUGCAUGUGGAGCACAAUCUGGGCCUGGAAUCGUGGUGUGCCCAGCAUGUCUAUGACCACGCCCACCGCACCCUCAUCUCCCAUCGCCGCCAAUCGUCGGCCCAGCAGCUCCGAACACUCCAGCAGCAGCAGCAGAGCGACUCUCUGGCCAAGUACCUGAACGUGGCCUUGCUGAUCAAUCCAGAUGUGACCACCUUCUGGCACAUUCGCCGCCAGCUGGUGCAAAAGAACCGAUUGAGCAUCAACAAAGAGCUGCAGUUCUCCGCCCUCGUGCUCUCUAUCAAACCGAAGUCCAAUGAGGCAUUCGCCUAUCGCCGCUGGCUGUACUCGUUCCAAAGUGCCGAUGCCAUCGACUGGCCCAACGAGAUUGGGAUCUGCGAGAGGGCCGCCGAUAGAUGCGCGAGUAAUUACCAUGCCUGGUCGCACCGCCAAUGGAUUCUGCAGAGCGGACCCUGCCUGAUCCAAUCGGAGCUGCUGCGCACGGAAAAGUUCAUGCGCAAGCACAUUAGCGACUACAGCUGCUACCAUUACCGCCAGGUCCUUCUGGGGCGCGCCUACGAGCUAAACUUUGCCCUGUUCAACGAUUCCGGAGCCGGUGGCUCCUUGCCGUUGGCCAGUCUGCAGUUGUUGAUGGCCAACUAUGGCCUCAAAUGCGAACCAAAGGCGGAGGAUCUUCUGCAGCUGCUGCUGCCUCAUGUGGACCUGAGUUCCAUUAGCAGCCAGAGGCUGAGAUCAUUCCUCUACUGCUGCAAUGUGGCCGCCAAUGAUAUGCGGCUGUGUGCGGAGCAGCGGUUAAUGUACGGACUGCGGGAUUGCUUCGACCUGCAUCGCCGCGCGGCCCUCAAGUUCAUCGUGGAGCAGUGCGUCCGCCUGCAGAUGGGUUUGGCCAGCGGUCAACCGCUUGCCUCGGAGGCAGAGGAUCUGCGUUCGCAUUUGAGCACCUUUGACUUUGACAAGCAUCCCUUUUUGGAUGCCGUGCGGCGCACGGAGUCCUCCCUAGGCGGCAAGCACCGGCGCUGGUGCAAUCUCCACCUGAGUUUUGGCUAUCCAGCGGAUUAGACAGCGGGACCUGAAACCUGAAAUCUUGAGAAAAGCUCAAAUCAAUCUACCCCAAUAGAAUAACUUACUCUGUUUCCGUUUUCCAUUCGUUUAAAUUCUAGCAAAUGCAUUUCGUAAACAUUUAAAUUUGCUGGGUAACUUACUUUAAAUUUGAAUAAUUUUAGCUUGAAAAAAGAAAUAUUAUUUGAAAACCAGGAUUUGUUGCAACAAUAAUCGUUGAUUUAAUACUUCUGAAGCUAUUAGUGUGCUACUUUUAAAAAAAUUCCCUUAAAGAACGGCUAUGCACCAAAAUAUAAAAAUUAUUUAAUAAUCACGAAUUUUAAACGGAUUGGAAACGGAAUACGGAAUAUAUAUAUAUAUAUACUCUACAUGAACACCCCAAAGACAAAGUUAAACUAGCCCGAUAUGACCCAACCGGUCAACCAAUUGCAUUUCGAUAUAUGUUAGCGUUAACUGUUCAAUUUUAUUCUCGAUCUGCUCUGGCAUAAUUUGUUAGUAGUAUGCUCAGAUGUACGAAUUAACCAAUUAUCGCCAUGCCAUGCACGCGUUUGUUGUUAGCCAAUUUGCAUUAGUUUUUAAAUAAAUCCAACCAAUAGUCGACGGA